AUGCGAGUUCCAAUGUUGUUGGAAGCGCAAAAGUUAAGUGAAGAGGGGGAAAUUAUUUUUAUUGAUACUUAUUACGACAAGUUGUUGCAUUAUUAUAUUGAAAAGUAUUGUAUGCGCUGGUUAAUUGCCCCUUCUGACCUUUAUUUUGAACCAAUGAAGAAAAUCGCCGAAAUAGAUAAUAAAGUUCUUCCUAAUGCCGACCUGACUUUCGGAAAGUGGCCUAGCGGUAAGGCACCUGGUUUGGGACCAGGGGAUCGUGAGUUCGAAUCUCGCCUUUCCGACCAUUUUUAUCAUAUCCCAUUAGCCGAAGCAAUAAGAUUAUCAUUGCUUACCGUUACCGACAGAGAAGAUCAACAAUUAAAAGAAGUGUUAUUACUUUCUUCUCAACAACAAUUAAUAAAUGGCCUUCGUCACCAAAGAAAUACAUUAAGCCAGGAAGGACCAAAAAACGCGGAAAGGGUGAGGGAAAUUAAAGAAAAGGUUAACUUGUUAGAAGAAGAAUUAAAUAAUUUAGAAGAAGAAUUAAAUAAUUUAACUAGCCAAAUUCCUAAUCUUCCUGCUCCUGAUACUCCAACUAAUGAAGAAGGAAACCGAGUUAUUGAUAAGAUUGAGUAUCAACAUGCUAUCCGACAUAAUUUAACCCACGAACAAAUAUUAAAAAAUCUUUCUCUAACUGACGAAGAAAAAAGUCUGCUUCUUUCUGGUAGCAAGUUUGCUGUUUAUCAGGAUUUCGGCAGUCAAUUAUUACAUGCUCUUAUUAAUUUUAUGCGAUCCGAAAAUAGUAAGCGCGGUUAUCGUUUAUUUGACACACCUUAUUUAGCAAACGGUUAUAACCUCUAUAAUACCGGACAAUUACCAAAAUUUCAAGAAGAUUUAUACAAGUUAGAAAAUAGCAGCUUUUAUCUUAUUCCUACCGCCGAAGUAAGUUUGGUUAACCUUUAUCGCAAGCAAACAUUAGAGGAAAAGAAUUUACCGCUUAAAUUGUGUGCUUAUACUCCCUGUUUUCGAGCCGAAGCCGGAGCCGCCGGACAAGAAAAUAAAGGACUAAUUAGGCUCCACCAAUUUCAUAAAGUCGAAUUAGUAAAAAUAGUGAAACCGGAGCAUUCUUAUCAAGAACUAAAAGAAUUGUUAGCCGAUGCCCGCAAUAUUCUCCACUUAUUAAAAAUUCCACACCGAGUAAUUGAACUUUGCCACCAAGAAUUAGGGUUUACGGCUGCUAAGACUUACGAUAUUGAGGUCUGA